AUGUUUUACCGGCGCUGGCACAGAGCUUCAGUUCACUCAUUUUCCGCUAGAAAAUCCGAUUCUAUCUUUAGGGCAAAUCAAGAGGUUAGUGAGUGGGCUCUUAUUCCUAUGUUUUAUUUCAUCUUUAGAACUAGUUUUCUUCAUGGGAAGCAAACCAUUGCAGCCUCUCAAAGUUCCGAUCUUUUCAUCUUUAAACGAUCAAUUGGUCUUAGAUUAUUCUCCAAUAGCUCAAAUGGACACUCAUUUACGGUUUCAUACCUUACAAGAAAAUGUGGAUUCUCCCCAGAAUUGGCUUCUCGGGUUUCAAAUUUUGUUCAUUUUGAAACCCCUGAAAAGCCUGAUUCUCUGAUUGUUUUCCUGGAAAAUCAUGCGUUUUCACAAACCCAAAUCGUAAAUCUCAUCAAAAGACAGCCGACUUUGCUUCUUUCUGAUACUGAGAAAACCCUUUUGCCCAAAUUAGAGUUUCUUUACUCUGUAGGUUUUUCAAGGCCUGAGCUUGCUAAGCUCUUGAGUGAUUAUCCUACAUUGUUGAGAUUUAGUUUAGAGAAACGAAUUAUCCCUUCAUUUAAUUUACUGAGGAAUUUGUUUCAAUCUGAUGAUAAGGCUAUUAAGUCUAUAAAACGAUAUGCUGGUAUUCUUGUAUCCGAUUUUGAGAAGAGUUUGCUUCCGAAUAUGAAUAUUUUGAGAGGAAUCGGAGUCCCCGAAUCGAAUAUUCUUUUGCAGCUUCAUCGUAAGCCUAGAACACUGAUGUUUAAUCCGGUUCGACUUGAGGAGAUUGUUGAGGAAGUCAAAAGAAUGGGGAUUGAUUCUUCGAGGAAGAAGUUUCUUGUUGCGGUUUACGCUUUCAGAUCAAUGAGAAAAUCCACAUUAGAGAAGAAGAUUGAUGUUUAUAGGAGAUGGGGUUGGUCUGACCAAGCGAUUAACGAAGCUUUCCGGAGGUAUCCAAUGUGUAUGACGGUUUCAGAGGAUAAGAUCAUGUCUACAAUGGAUUUUCUGGUGAAUAAAAUGGGCUACAGUUUGACUCGCAUUGCCAAACAACCGAGUUUCUUAACACGGAGCUUAGAGAAGAGGAUUAUGCCGAGGGCAUUGUUUGCUCGAGAAUUGAUAUCACAAGGUUUGGUUAAUGAAUUUAAAUUGUCUGUAUUGUUUGACGCAUCGGAAAAGGUGUUCAUUAGAAUGUAUAUUGACCGUUUCGUUAACAAAGCACCCGAGCUCUUGAAGCUUUACAAAGAAAAACUUAAGAUUUCAGGAAAAAAAACAUAGAAGUGAGUUAGCAUAGGCUGCAGCAUUCGUAUUUUGUAGGAUUUGCUAAGUGGCCCGUGGAGACCAAAGGAAUUGCUUUUGGCGCGUUAAGAUUUGGAUUUUUUUCGUGUCAUGUUGCCUUGUUUCAGUUCAUUACUUUGGUCUGAAACUUCUUGUAGUUGGAAUUUGUCAAUGGAAGCAGCCAUGAUUUUGUAGCUGUGUUCCUUUCUUCCAUUGAUGAACCUUAAGCUCGACAAUUUGCUUGACUUGCUGUUUAUUUGAAGUCUCAUUGGUUUGAAGUGCAAUAGUGUAAUGAGUUCCAUUUUCAGCCUUACUAA